GACAGAGAUUAAGUGAGGAAGUAGGAGACGAAGGUACAGACGAAGGAGAGGGGUACAGCAGAUAAAGAGUAUUUAAAAAGACAGAAGGGAAAGCGAGUUAUAUAGAAGGACAGAAUAAAAGAGAAAGAGAUAAAGAAGGGGGAAAGAGAAAGACAGAGUGCUACAGAGAUGGAGAGAAAGAGAAUAAGCUAUUCACACGCACCAGAACGGCUUUGUAAAAGUUUCAGGAAUUUCACUACUGUAUCAUUAUCUAAUUCAUCUAAAAUAUAAUUGAAAGAGAAGUUCCAUUAAUACUGAAACAAUUGUAUUUUCCUGUAAAGUGAACGAUACAACGUGUACUUGUGAAUUACUUUCGCUACACAUACACACGUAUAUGUAUAUACGUAAUAUAUAUACAUACACACAUGUAUGUUCUUUUGCCCCGUCAGCCCGGAUAGAACAGGCCUAUGCUAAAGUGUCCUGCCUUAGCCAUUUCGUAUAGGGGUAUAUCUGGUACAUUACCCUGUGUCGCUCUCUUUUUAGGUCUGGGUAAUUCAAAGGAAUUGAGCUGUUAUUUCUAGCGGUUCAAGUGACUGCCUUCGUUGCCUUGCAUGUAUGUUAUCAUUCAUGUAGUACAGCUAUUUGAUUCAAUUGAUCAAUCUCUUUAGAAAUCGCCUGUUGGUAAUCGCAAGAGUAACCUGCUUUUCACCAAGUAACAUCCGAGUUUUAUCUCCUCUUGAUCACGAACUCUUUUCCUCUUAAUUUUCUCCCGUUAGAUUAUUCACACCACAUCAUAACACAUUAUAUACAUCCAUACAGGCAUAUACAUACAUCUUUGAGUGUGUGUGUGUGUGUGUGUAUACAUACAUACACGCACAUAUAUAUAUAUAUAUAUUUAUAAAAUCAACCAAUACUAAAACUUUCCAAAAUUAUAAUAGACAGAGUAUUUAUAUGCAUAUAUAAAGAUUGAGAAAUUUAAUUCAUAUACCUUAGCUUUCUCCCUUUCUCUCUGUACUCCUGUCUUAGUUUUUAUUCCUUGAAAGCAACUGGAGGCAUGUCGACCAGUGUCGAAAGACAGUUUAAAGAGCAUGAUCAGAAUGGAUUAUGGAAUGGUGUCUUUAAAAAAUUAAAGAAAGCUGAAGAUUUAUCAGUUAUUGAUAGCCGGCUAACUACAUUAGAAGCACGGAAACCAGAAAAUCGCAACAAAAAUCGAUAUAGGGAUGUAAAUCCAUAUGAUCACAGUCGUAUAAUAUUAGAUGUGAAUAAUGGUUGUGGAGAUUAUAUUAAUGCAAAUCUCAUCGAAAUUAGCAAGGCAAACCGGAGAUAUAUCCUCACACAGGGUCCAUUGGAAAACACAGUUGGCCAAUUUUGGCAAAUGGUCUGGGAACAGAACACUAUGGGUAUUGUUAUGCUCAAUAGAAUUAUGGAAAAAGGAACUGUCAAAUGUCAUCAAUACUGGCCACCAGGUUCCAAACAUGGCUAUGAUGAAGACUUGACAUUUUCUGAUUCUGGUUUCAAAGUGGUUCUGCUAAAAGAAGAAGAAAAUGAACAUUAUAUUGUCCGAUCUUUAAAAUUGUGGAACCUUAAUACGGAUGAGUCUCGCAAUGUGUUGCAUUUCCAGUAUACCACUUGGCCAGAUUUCGGAGUUCCAUCUUCACCACAUACUUUCUUAAAUUUCUUGAUGGCUGUUCGAGAGUCUGGAUAUCUAAAUAAUAAUGUAGGUCCUUGUAUAGUUCAUUGCAGUGCCGGAAUUGGUCGAUCGGGAACAUUUUGUUUGGUUGACUCAGCACUUGUUAUUGUUGAGAAAGACUGGAAUAUGGAGGUGAUUGAUGUUGAAAGUAUGUUGCAAGAUAUGCGUUAUUACCGUAUGGGACUGGUCCAAACACCCGACCAACUACGCUUCUCUUUCUUGUCUAUCAUUGAUGGUGGCAAACAAAUCUUAAGCAAUCCUCCUCCCAUCAAGGAAAAUGAAAUAGACACGCAUACUAAAAGAUUCUUCUUCAAACGGAAUUGCGAGAUGCCUCCAAUGCCUCCAAAGCGAACAACCAGCUUGAUGCCAGGCGAUGAAUUUGGAAAUGACUUGAUAUCAGAGAAUGCUGAUUCUAAAAAUACCUCCAGCUUUUUAACGACCAAUGGUGACCUAGCACAAAGCUUGUCAGCUACCGACCACCUCACAAGUAACCAUCUGUCUUCUUCAGUACCCUCACAGAAGUCACAGUCGGACACUACCACCACUAGUACCACUACUAUUUCUACUACAACUACUACUACUACUAAUCCUACAGUGUACAAAGAGAAAGGACAUCCAAAUGAGAGUGAGCCACAACAAAACAACAUCACUGCCCAGUUAUCAUCAUCAUCAUCAUCACCACAAGCACCACUAUCUCACAAUGGUCAGACUGUUGAAUACUUACUAAGUGUUGGCAGUUCAACAGACCCAGUAAAUGUUGCUACAACCGGAGAGAGCGAUGUUGAUGGUUAUGAGUAUCGACGAAAGAUUCGAGAAGAGCGUAAGAGAAAUACUCAGAAAUUAAUUGAAGAUAUGAAACGAAAGCAGAGAGAGUGUGAGCUGAUGCGGCAACGUAACCGAUAUUUGACUCCUUUGUACAUCGGUAUUGUGUUAGCAUUAGGUGGCAGUCUUCUGCUUUAUCGUUACUACAACAAUGGGAACCAACAGUGACAGACUGAUUUGUCACAGUUUUCUUACUGUUUUUUUUUGUUUUUUUUAACCCCCACCGAAUGUAACAUUAUUUUUCACUUGGUUGUAAGGAAUAUUUUGGGGAAAUGAGAAAAAAAAUAUAUAACUAUCUUAUGUUGAUUUUUUUUUUUUUUUUUUUUCAAGUAAAACUUUAAUAAAAAUGAAUGAAGAAAAAUAAAAUAAAAGAAAAUGCAUUUUUUUUUCCGGGAAAAUAAAAUUUCCAUUUCAAAAGAAAAUUUUUUUUUUAUUAAAAAAAAAAAGCCCUAUGGGUUUUCUAGGCAAGAAGGACCUAUUUCCACUCUGUGGUAGGAUAUAUUUUCAGAGGGAAAGUAAAAGAAACACGAAAAUUUUAGAUUUCAAGAGAUUUAUUUACAAUUCACAAUUACUAUUAUUAUUUUUAUUAUUACUAAGGUGACAAACUGGCGGAAUCAUUAGCAGGCCAGACAAAAUGCUUAGCGGCGUUUUGUCUGAGUUUAAAUGCUGCCGCGGUUGACUUUGCCUUUUGUCCUUUCAGAGUUGAUAAAAUAAGUACCAGUUGAGUACUGAGUUCGAUGUAAUCGACUUACAGCAGCAAGCUGGCAGAAUCAUUAACAUGUUGGACAAAAUGCUGCUAAGCAUUCUGAGUUCAAAUUCUGUGAAAGUCGAUUUUGCCUUUCAUCCUUUCAAGGUUGAUUAAAUAAAUGCCAGUUAAGCACUGGGGGUUGAUGUAAUCAACUUACCCCUUUCCCCCAAAAUUUGGCUUUGUGCCUAUAAUAGAAAGGAUUAUUAUUAUUAUUAUUAUUAUUUAUUAUUAUUAUUAUCAUUAUUAUUAUUAAGGUGGGGAGCUGGCAGAAUCGUUGGCAUGCUGGAUGAAGUGCUUAGUGGUAUUUCUCCCAUCGCUACAUUUUGAGUUCAAAUUCUGCCGAGGUCGACUUUGCCUUUCAUCCUUUUGAGGUUGAUAAAAUAAGUACUAGUUGAACAUUGGGGGUCAAUGUAAUCAACUCAUCCCCUCUUCCAAAAUUGCUGCCCUUGUGGCAAAAUUAUUAUUAUUAUUAUUAUUAGUCUUUAUUUUAUUUCCAUUAUUCAUUUUUUGUGUAGGAUUUAUCCAAAUAUUUUAGUUUAUUUUUUUUUACUAUUUGUUUCUUUCUUCCCUCUCACCCAGCUCAUCUGCCUCUGUGAUGACAAUGUCAUUUGCUGUCAGCGUCCUAUAUUUUGUGUUUAAUUAGAGCCUUGUUCAGUCUUCUCACUUGGGUUUAAAUAUAAGAAACUAUCAACUAUAAUUUCCAUCAUAUCCACAAUGUUCUUUGGGUACUUUUUUUUCUGGCUUCUUACCAUAGAAACACUCUUUUGUGUUUAGUUUCUUCACAUCUGUCAGACAUAUGGCACUAGUUGUGUUUUAGUUGCAGAUUUAUUCAGCUCUGUUCUAUUAUUCUAAUGAUAAUAUUGCACUGAUGUCUAAUGAUAUCGUUCACAUGUAUUUUCAUAGUUUUUUUUUUCUUUCUUUAUUAAAUUUUCAUUUUUGUAAUAAUGAAAGAAUGACAGCAGAAAUAUUAUGAAUAUAACAUAUAUAUAUUUAUAUAACAUAUAUAUAUAAUAUUAUUAUUAUUAUUAUUAUUAUAUAGUUGGCUAUAGAACAUCAAGCUCUAUUGCUCAUUCAUAAAUUCAUUUUCUAUUCCAUUUCCAACCACCUUUGAGGCCUUUAUGUUCAUAGUUACCUCCCCAUUCAGUGUACAAAUAAUCAAAUCCCCCCUUCCCAUUCCACAAUAUACCUACAUUUUCUAUAAAGAUAAGGACAACGUUGUGACUAAGGAAGUAUUUGCAACCCUAUUGUGAUAAAAUUGGGUGCCAUAAAGAAAAACAGCUAUGAUAAGUCCUUCCCAUGCACUAGAUGUAUUUUCACAGGGGAAGUUAUCGACAUCUAUCUCUUUCAACCUAAUUAAUAUUUUGGAAAGGCUUCUUGCCUUCUCCAUCUCUUCAAUUUGCUUUUCAGUGCAAUCUUCAGUGAAGUCCUUUUGAUUCUUUACUCCAUUUUAAUAUUUUUAAAUAAUGAAAUAUCGUUUGUCAUCUUACACAACUUGCACAUGUCAUUUAGUUGUCUUAGACUAAUAGAUUAUGCAUUAUACAUAUCAAAGCACCUUUCGGUCUUGAUAGAUCGACAUUCCUUCAAUGCAUUUCUCUUUGGACAUAUAAAUCUUUGAUUCCCCCACCUCUUUCUCCCCCCCUCUCUCUCUCCUUUCUAUUGUGUGUGGGAGUAAUUAAAUGAAAGAAUUUAAAGUGUGUUUAUUAAAACAAAUAGAUAUCACUUCUAAAAUGGCACCUUUUUAGAAAUGUCUAUAUGAUUUUAUUAUUAUUAGGGGUGGACAGGGUGGGCGAGGGUGUGUGAUCAAUUUAAAGAAUGGCUAGUAAUGGAAUAUUUUGCUGCUGCCACUAAUAUCAUUGUGAAAGAUUUCAAAAGAAUUGAUGGCAAAUUUUUUCAAUUUGUUAUAUGUAUAUAUAUAUAUAUAUAUAUAUAUAUAUAUAAAGUUAAUGAAGUGAUUUUAAAUUCUCAAUCGCAGAAUAAUGCUAAUAAUAUAGCCUGAACAGGAUAAACUACCCCUAUUUUGCAGAGAAAAGUGUAGGUGGCUAGCUGUGGACUCGAACUCACAUCCCCAUAUGAAAUUUAUACACCAGAACAGCCUCCUAUUAUUAAUAUAUGCCUUGUUGUUAGCUAUCUUUUCCAGUAUAAUUUGUUUACAGCUGUCUUGUUACCAUGACCAACAUUGGCCAGAUCAGACCGAAGCCGAUUUGAAGCUACUCUGUUUCAGUUGCAAAAAAUAGCAGAUAUUAAGGCAAGUAAUUGGUAUCAAAUUUUUGAUUGGCUAUAACUAUCAUGCUAGUAACAUCACUUAAUCAAACUUGUGACAUCAGGCUGACAGGAGUGAAAAUGAAGAAUUUUGGAAUAUAUAUGACCAAACCAGUGAAGUUGAUGGAUUUUUGAGCACAGAUGUUGGUGGCUGUAAGAAGGCACCAUUAUCUGUACUCAAAAUCCAUCAGAUCAGUACUGGAUCAGUAUAGCAGAUAGGAAGUAGUCUUCUAGAACAUCAUUUGGUGAAAAUCUUCAAACAUAGAUCUGUAGUUCAUAGGAACAAUUUUGCUACUGUUGAGAAUAAUCAAGUAGCCUAGUGCACUGAGGCACAUAGUUCUUCAUUAUUGCCUGAUCUCUCUUGAAUCAUAAGCUAGACAACGGCCUUACAAAGGCACUGGGAGCUAAAUAUACAUAUGUCUGUAGCUUGAUCUUGAACUGAUCAUUUUUUAGGUUGGCAAAUAAAUUGUGCAAUCUGUUGGUAGGCAGUAAAGUGUUCAGUUGAAAAAUAGGCAGGCAGGGCAAGCUUAAGUAUACAAAUUUAUCCAUAUCUUCCAGUUAAAUGUUAUUCAUUUAAGACAUAUUUUUGCGGCCAGCUUUUUGUUUUCAAGCCAAAUUGAUUUUCAGACAUGUGUUUAUUUAUUUAUUCAGCUGCGCCUGGGAAUAUGUAUAUGAGCAGCUUGAAAAAUAUUAUCCACAGCUUGGUUGUUCAAUGGAUAGUGGGGAGAGGGGUUGGAUAAUUGUCAUGCAACUCUUUUUAGCAACUAAAACAAAUUUGACUAAAAAAAACAGUUGGCUUUAAAGAUUUAGAAGAAACGUAUUUGAUAAUUUUUUUAAAAUUUGAAACAUAUUUUGGGUGGUAAGAGAAAGUUUAUAAAUGUCUGUUUUUUGGGAUGGGAUGACUGUGUGGCAGAAUCUUUCUAAACAUCUAUGUUGGGAUGGCAUUGGUGGGUUGUAUUGUAUAUAUCAUAAUAUUUCUAAAUACAUUUGGGAUAAUGUGUAUGGUAUUCCAUUUCAGACUUUUUUUUUCUGUAAAUGUCUAAAAAAAAUUUAUUGAAAUAUUUAUAUUUUAAACAAAAAAAAAAAAAAAAUGACCACAUAGGCGUAGGAGUGGCUGUGUGGUAAGUAGCUUGCUUACCAACCACAUGGUCCCGGGUUCAGUCCCACUGCGUGGCAUCUUGGGCAAGUGUCUUCUACUAUAGCCUCGGGCCGACCGAAGCCUUGUGAGUGGAUUUGGUAGACGGAAACUGAAAGAAGCCCGUCGUAUGUAUGUAUAUAUAUAUAUAUAUGUAUGUGUUCGUGUGUCUGUCUUUGUCCCCCCAACAUCGCUUGACAACCGAUGCUGGUGUGUUUAUGUCCCCGUAACUUAGCGGUUCGGCAAAAGAGACCGAUAGAAUAAGUACUAGGCUUCUAAAGAAUAAGUCCUGGGGUCGAUUUGCUCGACUAAAGGUGGUGCACCAGCAUGACCGCAGCCACUUGGCUGAAACACAUAAAUAAAUAAAUAAACAUAGUCUUUAUAACAGAUUUACUAAUACUUAUGGGCAUACAUUGUGUGUAUGUUAAUUUUAAUAGAUCUGUUUAUCUUACUAAUAUCCUCAUACAUGCAUGCCUGUAUGCAUCAGAAUAUUAUUAUUAUUCAUAAAGAAAGUACAAAGUCUGUAAAGAAAAGUUUCAUGAAAACAUGACUAUUACUCAGCCCCAAUUAAUGUUGGUCUGGGUUAUCCAACAGAGCUAUUUUCUUCAUACUCUGCUGUAAAAUCUAUCACUGAUUACCAUAUCUUUUCAGUUUUACAUUGCAAUAAACAAGGUUUUCAGAAUACAUAAUACUUAGAGGACAUUUCAAGCCACUUCACUGUUUAUUCCUCUCUACAGAAUGUAAAUUUCUGAACCUUUUCAAACACUGUAUUUAUUUUAACAAAUGGAAUCAUAAAUGAACUUUACAAGA